AUGCCCAGCAAAAUUCUAGAAAGAGAAGAAAGUCUCGAAAAUUAUGUGAAUCAGAACUAUCUAAUUGAGGAGACUGACAAUAAUGUCUAGUAAUAAGCCAAGUAAAGUCUUAAAACAAUCAUAAGUUAGACUACGAGCAAGAAAAAUUAGGCUAUAAAAUCAAAUGAUAAGAGGGAUUCAAUUGAUGAGGUUAAGGUAAAAUCAAGGAUACAGAGAAAAAGUUUCACAAAUACUGCUGAUGUAAAGGACAAAUAUGAUAAUUAAAGAGAAAGGUCUCAUUAAAAUAGCAACAUUAUCAUAAAUAUCAAUAAGCAGAUUAAUUUCAAUACUAUAACCUAAGAUAAAAGGAAAUAAGAUUUUGGACUCCCUAAAUAGAAAGAGUCUUCUAAGGCAAGAGACUAUUUAGGAUUGUAUUUGCCAGAGUAGAUUAAUGAUAGUUACUCUAGCGCUAAUAUUAAGUAAUAUGAUUACAUUUAGAGUCAUUCUAGGGACCUCUCAAAUUAUUAAAAUAUUACCAUUUAAGAUGAAACAUAUGGAAAUAAUUAAACGCUUGCUGUUGGCUUGCGAGUGAUGCCUGGCUACCUUCGCCAACUAAAAAAAUCUCAUAUUUAGAAUGAUCCAAGCAUCUCCAAUAAUAUUAAUCAGAAAGAUGAAGUGUUGAAGUAUUUGGAACGGACUCAUCAUAGAUUAAGCUCCGUGGCUAAUCAUGAUCGUUCCUAAAAUUCUUUGGAAAUGCUUAGAUAAGCCUAAAACAGGAGCGAGUUAAUGAUGCGAGAGGACGCGGAAUAAGAAGAUGCUGAGGACAGCUCAACAAGGUAAACCGAGAAAUUUCUUCACAAUUUGAAUGUCAAAUCUUCGAUAGGAGGGCCAAACAUGCCAAAAUUUAAUAAUCAGGCGGUGAUCACAGCCCGCUCUAAAGGAAAUUCUUAAAAACCUCUAAAAUUAGAGCAAAUCAAUAAUUCAAGUAAUAGAAUACGACUCCAAACAAUAAAUAACCAUAUUGAUUCAGAAAUAAAGGCUCAAAUUGGUGGAGGCGGCUUAAGUGACAGAAAAAUGAUAAAUGAUACAGAUAGAAAUCUUAAUACGAUGUCUUUACCUAAAUCUGUUAUAUCUAAAUUUAGAUCUCUAGAUUAGAAACUUAGAACAUUCAAGCGUAGCCCAAACGCGCUAAGACCUGCUCCAGGCAUUUUGAGGCCAUUAGAGAUUGGCGGGUUGAGCUUUUAGUGCAUCCAAAUUCUAGAAUAAGAUAAGUUUUAACACAUAAAUCCAUCUCCAAAUGGCAACUUUGUUGGCAGAAAGCGAACCUUUAGCGAAUCUUUCAUUUUGGGAUAAAAUUUCUCCUCUGGUGACAAACUAGCGGCAAAAAUUAACGCCCAAAACUAAAAUCCAAAAGAUUAAUAAGAUCUUCAAAUUAACUAAUAAAAUACGUAAAUCUAAGAGAUUAGCUAAGAUUUCUCAAGUGAUUCAAGGACUCCUGAAAGCAGUUCUGGUCUUAAUGAUCAAAAACAAGGGGAUCUAUCUUCUAAGAAGAAAAAAGUGACAUAAGCACAACUCAUGGGAAAGACUGCUGGAAGGUGGACCAAGGAAGAGCACAAAAAGUUCGUAUAAGCGAUAAGAUUGUUCGGCAAAGAUUGGAGGAAAGUGGAGGAUUUCGUAGAGACAAGAUCAGGUGCCUAGAUCAGAUCUCAUGCCCAGAAAUACUUCAUAAGAAUCUAGAAAAAGUUAAAGAACUCUGAUGCACUUGACUACCUCAAUCAAACCGAAGAUCAAUGCAACACCACACGCGGUCUUGAACUUUUCCGUCAAGCAAUAUCACUUUAUGAAGACGGAUCUCAAAAAGAUCAAAAUGAAGACGAUGACGAUUUCACAUCUGCUUCAACAAUAGUAAAGCGUCAGAAACUAAGUACUAAUGAUAUAAUAAAUAGUAAGCGAGGCUCACAUAACCUAAGUACUGACAAGAGCCUAGAUACAGAGUAGCUCCUCAAAUUGUAUGAAAACUAAAACACUAAUGAAUCACCCAUAAAUAAAUCAGCCAUUAUUUUCCAAUAAAGAUCAGAAAUAAUACCAGUUUAAAUGUCUUAGAAUUCAAGCUCUAAUAAUUUCUUUUUAAGCAAUGAGAAAAAAAUGGUUCAAGGUCAGUUCUAUGAACUAGUGAAAAGGAAAGAGAAUCUGAUGUCAGAAAUCUACUAAAAUGAUAGAGUAGAUCUUUUUAGUGAUGUCACAUAAGUUAUUGAUAACUCUUAGCAGACAACCACUGGCAACUCAAUCUUGGAGCGCAUGCUCAUCUUGAUUAAUGAGAUUAUGAAUUUACAAAAAAUUUUGACUGAUUCAGCAAAUGAUAGCAGCUUAAACCCAAUAAAGUUUUAUAAGCUAGCCUAAUCCCAACCUAGGAAUGAGCAAUAAUCAAUUGAUUAGUUUGUUCUCCCAGAUUUCCCCGCCCUAAUCAUAGGUGAUUCCGCCAAUGUCGCUUCCUUAAAGCAACUCACAGGCUACAAACUAAAAUCAGUUAAGUCAACUAACUAGUCUGUUGAAUGGUUUAGCUGCAUAGCAGUAGCAUGUGAUUUAAGCUUCACAAUUGGCCUGCAAUAACUAAGUAAUUAGACCUUAACCACAGUCUUAAUCAUGUGUCAAGAAAGAGAACUUUAAUUCAAUUCCUCAACAGUAAUUCAAUGA